UCCACUUAACCACGAAGAAAAUUAAUUUUUUUCUUAAAAAAAGGGUGUUGGAGCAGUUGUAGUACCAACAAUGCCACGAAUGCAUACUAAUCGAAAUAACAAUAAUGGAAGUGGAGUUAAAAGGCCUUACAAUUUUGAUGAUUAUGGAGAAGAUGGAGGAGGAGGAAAUGGUGGUGGAGGACCUUCAACCUCGAGAAGGAUGAGUGAACAAAUUGAAUAA